AAGUCGCCCAGUCUUCUGUGUGCCCAAGAGAGAGUCUCUCAUCUGGUCUCAGCCAUGGAUUGAGAUUCCAGGUUUGAACCUGCCACUUAAAUUGAUUAAAAGAAUAUAAAAAUAAGCAAUAUAGCACAUCAUUAAAAGUAAAUUGCAAUCAGUUCUUAAAAGUGUCUAGCACUUUUGACUUUUAAUAUCUUGCUGCUUCUCCCCUCACCCUUGGUUUUAUUAUGAUCUUUGCCCUGUUGAAUUUUCUUUUUGUGUAAUACUCACUAUGAUUUCUUUUGUACUUAGGCUGUUCCAAAAUGAUCUCAAACACAUAUAUAUCUAUGAAUUGUGAGGCAGUAGUCUUUUCCUAUCGUGCUCGCUUCGGCAGCACAUAUACUAAAUACUAUCACUUGAAGCCAAACAGAUUCAAUUUUCUUUGAUUCCUGUUUCUAAACAAAUGAACAAAAACCAAAUCUUUAGAAGGUUAAGUUGUGCUGAAAGCAAAAUUGUAACUAAUAACUUGUCUUUCUUUCUUGGCAGGUAGAUAUAACUGUACUGUACAAUGGGACAGGGAGAGAAUUAUGUUUCUAUUGGCUGGUUACUUCCUUGUUUUACUUCCUUGUGAAAUCCCUUGCUGAUGAGAUUUGCCUUUUGCCAGCUGCCCCGUUACUGGGUUUCUUAGGCAAUGCUUACAGACGCGUUCACUCCACUUGUUACAAAGUGUGUUAACAUCCAGCUUUGCAUCUGAGCUGAAGUUACCUCUUUAUCUAAAUGGGAUCCCAGGAAUCAGGCAGAGAAAUCAAAAGGAAAACUACAUAUGGUGCUACCAAUUCAUCAGAAGCAAAUCACCAUGAGGAAGACCAAGAUCAAACCUAUUUGGAUGAGAAGAUUGCCAUCCCAGAUGUGGCAGGACAUGGUUUCAGUUUUAGGAAGCUCUGGGCCUUCACUGGGCCUGGCUUCCUCAUGAGCAUUGCCUAUCUGGACCCAGGAAAUAUUGAGUCAGACCUACAGUGUGGAGCUGUUGCUGGCUUCCAGCUCCUUUGGGUCUUGCUCUGGGCCACAAUCCUAGGACUGCUCUGCCAAAGACUGGCCAUCCGGCUUGGGGUAGUGACAGGCAAGGACCUGGGAGAGAUAUGCCAUUACUACUACCCCAAGGUGCCACGUGUGCUGCUCUGGAUCAUGAUAGAAAUUGCCAUUAUUGGCUCUGACAUGCAGGAAGUGAUUGGGACAGCGAUUGCUUUCAAUCUUCUCUCUGCUGGACAUAUCCCUUUGUGGGGUGGAGUCUUGAUCACAAUUGUGGACACUUUCUUCUUCCUCUUCUUGGAUAAAUAUGGUCUGAGGAAACUGGAAGCUUUUUUUGGUCUCCUCAUCACAAUCAUGGCAGUGACAUUCGGCUAUGAGUAUGUAGUGGUGCGUCCCAACCAGAAAGAGGUGAUAAAAGGGAUGUUCCUGCCAUACUGCAAGGGCUGUGGGCAUGAGGAGCUUCUUCAGGCUGUGGGUAUUGUUGGAGCCAUCAUCAUGCCCCAUAACAUCUAUUUGCACUCCUCCCUGGUCAAGACUCGAGAUGUGGAUCGUACCAACAAGAAGGCAGUAAAAGAGGCGAACAAAUACUUCCUUAUAGAAUCUACCAUUGCACUCUUUGUCUCCUUCCUCAUAAAUCUCUUCGUCAUGGCAGUCUUUGGACAGGCCUUCUUUCACAAACAGAACAAGGAUGUGCAUGAUGUCUGUGCCAAUCAAAGCAUGUUCUCCAACCACAGUAUUUUCCCAAAUUUUCCUGAUGACAACAAUACAGUCUCGGUGGACAUUUUCCAAGGAGGAAUCAUCUUGGGCUGUUACUUUGGGCCCAUUGCACUCUACAUUUGGGCUGUUGGAAUCCUUGCAGCUGGUCAAAGUUCAACCAUGACUGGGACAUAUGCCGGACAGUUUGUUAUGGAGGGUUUCCUGAAGCUACGCUGGUCCCGUUUUGCACGGGUGGUCUUCACACGUUCCUUAGCCAUCCUUCCCACUGUCUUCGUUGCUGCUUUCAGGAAUGUGGAAGCUCUGACGGGCCUCAAUGACCUUCUCAAUGUAUUGCAGAGUAUCUUGCUACCCUUUGCAGUCAUACCUGUUCUCACCUUCACCAGCAUGCAGCCUCUCAUGCAAGACUUUGUCAAUGGGGUCAUUGGGAAGAUGAUAAUGAUCCUCAUCACUGGACUGGUCUGUGCAAUCAACCUCUACUUCGUGGUGACAACUGUUAUGGGCCUGAGCCAUUUAGUGUACUACAUUGUCAUAUCAUUUGUCCUGGUUGCGUAUGCAGCCUUCGUCUGCUACCUGAUUUGGACAUGCCUCAUCUCCCAUGGAGCUGCUUAUCUGGCACGGGGACCCCACACUCGGUUUGGUUAUGGGCUACAAGAAUAGAGCACCACUCAGAGCUGUACAUUGGAAACUGAUAAAUUUCUACACUCCAUCCCUAUUUUGACAAGAAGCAGCUGACCCUUUUGUUUUGCCAAGAGGUAGAGGUGCCAGAACGUUGAUUUUGACAAGGGCCAAACCUAAGGAUGUCGUCAAGUGGCAAAACGUAUGUUUUAUGUGCAGAAAGUUCUCAGUGUCCUUCGAAGGAUCUUGAGACACUGAAGAGCUGUGGCCAGUUAACCUAGAGGACUUGACAGCAUAUCGUUCUAAUGGAAGAAGACAGCUGUUAAUAUCUUCAGUGGAACAAACUCUGUUGCACACAAAGAGUGACAAAGCAGCUGUUCCAAAUGACCCGCACAUCCUUUUCUUAGCAAAACACAGUAGUUUACAUAGUUUUCUGUUAAGGCAUCAUUUCAAAAUUCAAGAAAACUAUUAUGGGCAUAUAUACCUUUGGUGUGAUCUGACAAGCCAUAAAAAACAAGUCACUUUCCCAAGAAAUAGAGCACCGCGUUUUGCCGAGCUACACUGUAACACUAUUCAAGUACCCAUUUCCGAAAGGAAAAACUGGCAAUAUUGAGAGAAAAGCACAGCGCCACAUACAAAAACAACUAGAUAAUCCCCCCAUGAAUGGAUAUAAUUAUGGAGGGUAGGGAUGAAGGCAUUACCCUCCAAGAAAAAAAUCUGUGCCCAUAAAUUUUUCUGGUAAGAGUGAUUCAACAGUGGAAUAAUUUCCUUGAAGACUCUCCAUCUUCAGCUGUAUUGACACUGAGAUUGGAGGGUCAUCUCUCAGUAGUGUUUUUGUUGUAGAUUCCUGAAUGACAAGGGGUUCAACUAGAUGACCACUGUGGUCUCUUCCAACUCUAUCACUUGACUUACAACUGGAGACCUUGAGGUUCUCCAAAUUUUGAUGAAUGAUUCCUCUUUAUGUUCCUCAACACUGGCCAGCCUGGCUAAUAGGAAUCCAGCAUUACAUGGGCUACCUAUUCUAUGCACACUUCAUCAACAAAUGUACACUAUAGAAGUAACUUGCCAUUGGGAAGGAAACACAUAAUUACAAGUCUGCUCUUUUGGCAUGUACAGUUUAUAUGUUUUGGCAUGCAUAAUUUGUGGUUAAUGGUCAUACAACCAUGGACCUCCAGAUGUUGUUGACAUCUGCUUCCAGUAGCAAUGCUGGAAUUGGCAUAACUAAUACUGCAGUCCGGUAAUAUCUAAUCAUUUAAUUGUUUGCCUAUGAUAUUAGCCUUUGACUGUAAAAAAGUAGAGUCUGAUAUUUGAAGAGGUAAUUUGACAGAGUUCAAUAUGAAAUGGCUUGCACUGACUGAAAUUCUCUGUAACUUUAAAUCUGGAUAGCCAUUCGAAAUGAGUGAACCACAUUUCUUUUGCUAAAAAGAAAAUAGUUCCCUAGAGCUGUCCUCUUUUAUACUUGAUUCUGUUUCUGUACUAAUAACAGGAGUAUGAUGUGCAGACAUUAGCAAGAGAUAAGUAUUAGAUCUGUGCUACAAAAAAUUUUCACCUGAUUUUGAUGAAUAAUAUGCACAAGAUUUAAUAAGGCAGGUUAUUUCUAGUCAGCUGGCAGUUCCUUUGUAAACAAAACUCAUUUAUCAGAAGGUGAAUGUGAAGAGCAGGAAAGCAGUUCUUCCUUUGCCUCCAAAUAUCUAUGUCCUCAUUCUUCCUCUGGUUUUAACAAUGAGCCUGUGAACAACUGACUGUAAUCUCAUUCUACGUAAAUUUGUUAACUGCUUCACUUUUUUCAUUCUUUCACUGAUUAUUUGAGUCAUGGAAAUAUAUGUGACCAACUCCAUUUAAGAUGAACUGACUUGGUAGUGAAAAAAAUCUUUCUUCAGCUAAAGAACAUAUAGUUUAAGAGGAAGUAUAAUCAAAGGGGUUUUUUUUAACCAAAAGAUGUAUUUUGAGCAUUGGUUGCUGCUAGGGCUGGAAAACCACAGUUCAGAGUGAAGAAGCUUUAUUUGAAAUCAAACUUCAUCGCUAAUAGUCAACAUGGAUUUAUCAGAAACAAGUCAUGCCAGACUAAUCUGAUAUCUUUUUUCGAUAGAGUUACAAGCUGGGUCGUUGCAGGGAACGCUGUAGAUGUAGCACAUCUGGAUUUCAGUAAGGCCUUCAACAAGGUCCCCCAUGACCUUCUGGCAAACAAACUAGUCACAUGUGGGCUAGGCAAAACCAUGGUUAGCUGGAUAUACACGAAUAUUCUCCUGAUAUUGGAGGUGAUGUACAGCCACCCUAAUAAGUAUCCAUUAAUGGCCUCAUCCUUUGUAAAUUUAUCCAGUUCCCCUUUGAAGUCAUCCAAGCUAGCAGCCAUCACAUUUUUGUCACUAAAUUUCAGAAUAAAUCAUCCACUAAGCAAAAAAGGUAGUCCUGAAUCUCCUGAUACUCAGCUUUAGUGGAUGGCUCUGUGUUCUAGAAUUAAUUUUACACAUCUCUUAACUCCCCUGCUCCCAUUAAAAAGCCAGAAGUGAUGUAAACUUUCCUAAAAUGAGAAUUACUUCAGUCUGUUCAUUAUAACGGUUGCCCUUUCCUGCCCCAAAAGAUCCCAGUUUUUAAAUUCAAUGCUUAUGGGCCCAUUCAUACUGCAGAAUUCGAGUGAUGUGAUUCUGCUUUGACUUCCAUGGUUCCAUCCCAUAGCAUUUCAGACUUGGAGGAGACCACAAGGGUCAUCCAGUCCAACCCUUGCAAUACAAAAAUAUACAAUCAAAGCCUCCUGACAGAUGGCCAAUCUCUGCUUAAAAACCUCCAGAGAAAGAGAUUCCACCAAACAGUAAUUAGUUUGACAACUAAUUCAUAUUAAUGGCUGUUGAACAGCUAUUACUACCAGUUUUCCUAAUGUUUAGAUGUAAUUUUUUUUCCCUAUAGUUAGAAUCUAUUCCUCCAUGUCGGUCUCAAGAGCAGCAGAAAACCAUCUUGAGCUUGGUAGUUGAGGGAAAGCUAUUUAGAAAUCUCAGGCAGAGUGCUUAAAUGCCUCCGCAAACUACAAAUCCUGGGAUUCAAUGGAAUAGAACCAUGGUAGUUAAAAUGUAGCAAUAGUGCUAUAAUUCUGUAAUGUGGAUGGGCUCCGUAUCGUUGUAGUCCAACACUUUUGGAAGACAGAUGGCAGGGGAAGGGUGAUUCGAACUUGAAUGCUUCUUGUACCCAAAUUCAGCUCUGUUUACUGUGUCACAGGGCCUGCAUUUUUCAUCAGCACUAGUAAAUGUUACAAAUACUGUACAUUUCUAAAGCUCUGCUAAUGCUGCAUUCCCAAUUUCCAUGUCACUCCAACUUCCUCCCCACACUGCUAUUUACAUAACAAAAAUUAAUACUGAUGAACUUGGGACAUGACUUUGAGACAAGUAGAAUUGCAUUUUGGCCCCAUGUGGGUCACCAGUUUUCCUUAGAUUUUUUUUUUCAGAUCACAUCUAGUUUGGGCCUAAGCCUUUCUUUUUCCUUUCUAUUCUCUCCUGGCAAGAGUGCUGUUGAUUUUUAAGUGUGCUACAUUAUGCCUUUCAUGUGUCUCUCUUGGCCUUCACCACAGCUCACUCUAAGCGAAUUAGCAGACCCUGGAGAUGCUCCCAUCCCAAUUAGCGUCUGAAACAAAAUCUCUCUCAGGGAACUAAGCUUUGUGCUACAUCAAACAGGAUAUUGGCAAUACUUAACCACAUGGGAACAGGAUUAUGGUCACUGCACCUUACAGCAAUGUUUUUGUGCCUUUAACAGCUGGAUGACAGGUCAGGAUGAGAGACGUACCUGUAGAAUUUCUUCCCUUUAUUUAUUAAACCCGCAGAGUUGAAGUUAGGAAAAUGAGGCAGUACUAGACAACACAUAUGGAACCCCCACCAGCUCCAAAAAAAAAAAAAAAAAAAACCUCAAGAUUCAACAUCUCUGCCCCCUGAUAUUUGUUAUAUAUUUUUUGUCCAUUUGACCCUCUUCUGCAUCUCUAUAGUUAAAAGAUAAGCUCACUCUUUAUGUGCAAUAGCACAAUAGUACAAACACCACGGCAGUCAAUGGAAUGUCUAAUUGUAGCAAAAUGCACAGAGUCUAGCAGAUACAGGUACAUUAGGGGCAUUUAUAGCAGAAAUAGAGAACAUUUCUAAAGUGUUGUUGGACUACAACACCCAUGCUAUCCAAUCGCUCACCAUUGGCUAUCCUAGAAGUUGCAGUACCAUCUGGCGAGCCACAUAUUCCUCACAUCUGAUAUCUUUGGAGGGAGGUAAUAUUCAAAAUACUUUAUGGAAGUUAUCAGCAACUCCAUAAGGCCCCUGAAAGGUCAAACACUGCCGUCCCCACAUUUCAGACAGGACUCAUAAGAGAGCGGUAUGCUUUUGGGCACUGUUAAGAGGGUUUGGCAGGAGGUCUGUGAUAAGAAAUUGAUACAGUACAUAGUAAGAAAGAUACAAAUUACAAAAAAAAAAUUAAAUGAAGUAAAAGGCUAGACAUGAUAGCGUUUGAGGGGUACAGCUGCUGCUAUGUCUAUUCCAGAUCUUCUAAAGCUUUGAAAUUUCACAACUUCUGAUCUCUGGAAAAGGUUUUAAAUAAAAAGAAAAAAACUCAUA